AUUUUCAUUGGGAAUUUCUGCCUUUUAUUUUCAUGCCUUACAUUCCAUCUUUGAUCUUCAUUGGGGAUAUCUUUCCCUCUGAUAUUCAUUGGUGUUUUCUGCCUCUUUUCUAUUGUGAGGCUUCCCUCCUUUAUCUCCACUGUGUGUCUGUUUUUCUCAUCUCCAUGCCGGGGGCAGGGGGGUGUGUGUGUCUGUGUGUAUCUGCCUCUGAUCUCCCUAUGGGUUCUCUGAUCUUGAUGUCCAUGGGGGAAAUGUAACCCUGAUCCCCACAAUGGCUCUCUGAGGCAGAUCUGCCUUUUGGGCCACUCCCAUCAGACAUGCCUUCUUGGGAGUCCCCCCCCCACAUCCUACCACUGCCCUGGCAUCCCAUAUUCCCGUCUGUGCUUCUUUCGUCUGCUGGCCCACCAACCCUUCUGUGUCGAAGGCGGUGUGCUUGGAUGAAGUGCUCCUCUUCCCUCCCCAUGCCUCCACUGACCAGAAUCCUUCUCACUGUCUCCCCAGCAAUUCUGGUCUGUUGCAUGUGAGGAGUUCUGGGACCUGGCUCAGUGGCUCUGGGAUCUGCCUGCACCCCACCUUUGUGCCCCCAGCCAGGACGGUGGCAGCCAAGAGUGACCUGGGUGUGCUAUUCCUUCGUCAGCCAGCCACACUGUCUGGGGGUCAGCUCCCACUGACCCGUGACGCCGGCGAGGUCCAAGAAAACUGCCCCUUCUGCGGGCAUCGGCCGUGCCACGUGUACCAGCGUCAGAGUUCCCCAGAGCCCGGACUCAUGCGAGCCACGAGGAGCACGGUGAGAAUCCUGGGGUCCUGGGCCUGCCACCACUCGGGAGCUGAUCCCCCUGGGAGGGAGACCUUCUGUAUCCAGAUGCAUCCCUGGCAAGGCCCAGACUGUCAGGUGCAGCCCGGCAGUCCCGUGCUGUGCCGCUUUGGAAAUCGUCAGGAGCUGGUGGGGCUGGUCGGCGAGCCCGGGAAGGCCUGCUCCACACCCAUCCUGGCUGUGCGCACAGCCCCAUACCACAGUUGGCUGGAUGCUGUGGCACGCGCUGCUUGGAAGCAAAUUCCGAGCUUGCCCUGCAUGCUCUUUCCACCAAGUAGCCCCUACAGCCAUCCCAGGGUGCACCCGGCUCCAUACUCUGCCCUGGAGGAAGCCGACAGCGGAAUAGAUUCUGUGCGGGCCCAGUGGCCCUUCCCAGUGACUCCCAGCCCUGGGGACCCGGCGAAGGCUCACCAGCUUCCCCCGCCCAGACAGCGGUCCUCCCACACCAGGCUCCCCCUAGCCACCACUCGGGGCCUCCCCAAGGACUUGGUCAAGUCCCUGUUUCUGCCUCUGGGGAUUCCACCAGCUGCCAAGGCCAGGGCUCCAACCCCUUCAGCCAGAAGCUCUGCCAGAGAGCCCCGGGGAAGGGCACCCACCUCCCAGAUCCACCCCGGGCCUGUUUGGCCUCUCCGUGAUCUGGCCCUAGGUCGCUUAGCUGCGGAUGGAGGUGCGUCCCAACAGGGGAUGCAGACAGCCAGACCAGAACCUCAAGCAGCUGUAGGGAUGGCCCAAGCCCCAGCUCCCUUGGGCCUCACUAAGGUCGGUAAUCUGGCCCAACUAGAGACUCACUCAGUCACUGAGGCAGCCAGAGUGCACACUCCUUCAAAAGCCAGGCCUUCAGGUGUCUCUGAGGGAGCUCCACCUGGGCCCCAGAUGCCCCAACCAGCAACAGGACGGCCCCAGUGGAUCCCCUGGUCCCAGAUCAUCCCACCAGCUGCCAGAGGACCCCAGACCCCCUGGCCUCAGAUCCCCUGGCCACCUUCCAGACAGCCCCAGUGGAUCCCCCAGGCUCAGAUCCCCCGGCCAGCAAUCCGAGGGCCCCUGACCUCCCGGCCCCCGACCCCCUGGCCGGCAACCGGAGGGUCCCUGACCUCCCGGCCCCCGACCCCCUGGCCGGCAACCGGAGGGUCCCUGACCUCCCGGCCCCCGACCCCCUGGCCGGCAACCGGAGGGUCCCUGACCUCCCGGCCCCCGACCCCCUGGCCGGCAACCGGAGGGUCCCUGACCUCCCGGCCCCCGACCCCCUGGCCGGCAACCGGAGGGUCCCUGACCUCCCGGCCCCCGACCCCCUGGCCGGCAACCGGAGGGUCCCUGAAUCCCCGGCCUGCAGCUCACACUGUGGCUCCCUGGGCUCACUCUCACAUCCCAUGGCCAUCUGGAUCCCAGACUCAUCCAACAGCUAAUGCAGACAGACCCCAAACUCCGGCAGCUGUUGGAUCUCAGACUCACUCGGCAACUGAUGUUCUCGGAGCCUGGCUUCUUCCAUUCCAGACAGUUCCGGCUGUUCUCAAGUCCAACACAUUCGGAGCCCGGGCUCAGCUGACAUAUGCUCGAGCCAGGCCCUGGAUGGCCCCAGACUCAGAAGUGGCCCCAGAAGCAGCUGGGCCUUGGGUUCUCCAGACACCAGCAGCUGGCCAACUGCCUGGGCAGGCUCCCAGUGGGGCUGGGCCCUGGGCUCUGGCUGAGACGGAAGUACCUGGUCCUUGGUCUCAGCGCGCAGCUGAGCCCCAGUCAGAAGGCAGUCUGGGAGCCCGCCUUGCCGCACCCCUGCCCCAGCCAGUGGCUGAAGCAGCCGGGUUUUGGACCACGCCAGCCCCGGCCAUCAAAGCCAUCAUCCCCUGGCCUGGACCCGUGAGCGAGAUGGCCUCUGAAGCCAUAGUCCCCUGGGCCGGCCCAGCUCCCACCAUGGUACAGGGACUAGAUCUGAGGAACUUGCCAGGAACCGCCAGCGGUGUCCGCCUUCCACCUUCCCCGGCUCUAUUCUCUGGCUCCCUCACCUACUGGGGCCCCUUCCUCUCCCCAGUGUUGCCCCUUUCGCCCCAGUCAGUGCCCCCAGCCCCUGCUCACUCGCGGCCUCCUCUCUUUUCUGGAGCUCUACAGGCAUUGGCCUGGGGACCCCCAGGUCCAUCAGUGCCCAAAUCCCAGCCUGGCAGCGACUCCUCAGGGGCCGGCCCCUCCGGCAUCAAGGACCAACUGGCUCCCUCGUCCUUUCCGACCUCCUCUGCCCCCUCCCCCUUUCCCUCCUCGGCCCAUCUCUCCUCUCUGGCAGGACCCUCUAGGUCCAGGAGCCCCGUGCCUGACCUCCGCCAUCGGCUGCAGCAGGAGCAGCCCCUCAGGGUCACCUUGGACCAGUGUCUCUUGGGCCUGGGCUGGAGGAGCAGUUUCCAAGCCUAUUGGCUCUUCCAGACGGCCUUGUCCUCUGAGCAGGGGCCAGCCGAGUGCGGCGCACGUCCGGGCUUCGCAGCUCGGUGCCCCACCUGCUGGGAGGCCGAGGAAGGCGAGUUCCCCUGGGUGGUCUCCUUGCAGUUCUCCCUGUCCCACUUCUGUUCGGGCUCCAUCCUGAACGAGUGGUGGGUCCUGACCACCGCCAGCUGUGCCAACUUCAUACGGAAUUCGGAAGCCCUGGCCCAGGUCCAGGCUGGAGUCACCGACCUGGAAGACCAAGUUCGGGCCCAGCUCGUGGGCAUCCACCGGGUCCUGCCUUACUUUGGGCUCGAAGGGCCCACGGGCUUGGGCCUGAUCCUGCUCAAGGAGCCCCUGCGCUUCCAGCCCCGAACGCUGGCCGUGUGCCUCGAGGAGCCCUCCAAGAGGCCAGCGAUACAGCCUCGGCGGCACCUCCACGACUGCUGGGUCCCCGGCUGGACCCUGAUCGAGGGCAACCUGGUGACCAUGCAGAAGCGGCGACUGGAUGUGGUGGAGGUCAGCAACUGUGCCCGCUUCUGGCCCAUUGAGAGCUCCAUGGCCUUCUGUGUGGAGGCCAAGAAAGUGACGGGCCAGAGCAGCUGCAAGGGAGACCUGGGAGCCCCACUGAUGUGCCGCCCAAAGCCACACCCAGAGGACGCCCCUUGGGUACAGAUGGGGGUCCUCACCGCUUUUGACGAGACCUGCACUCGGCCCUACGUCUUCAGCCGUAUCCACCCCUUCAGCCUUUGGCUCAAGGCCUCCACGAAAUCCCAGCACCCCCCCUGGGUCCAGACUGCCCCCAGGCCCACCCUCUCUUCCCUGCUGCAACCUGAAGCCCUGGUGAAUCGGAUUUCUCUGAGCUUCGCCACACCCUGGCAAGCACUGAUCGUGACCUGUGACAGCAGACUUUGCGGCGGCUCCAUCCUCAGCCCGUCUUGGAUCCUCACCUCAGCCCACUGUAUCCGGCACAUGAGGACAGAGAACAUGGCAGUAUUCCUGGGGCUGCCACAGCCCGGUGGCAACAUGACCGUCGCCCGCGUCUCCAGCGUGGUCCUGCACGAGCGCUACCAGUUGGUGGAUGGGGUCCCCUGGAACGACCUGGCCCUUGUCCUCCUGCAGAAGCCCCUGGGCUCCAGCCAGCCGCUGGCCCCCGUUGGCCACGUGGAUGACGUGAACAAAGCUGAGUGCUGGCUCACAGGGCCCCGAGAACUCCGAGAGGGUCAUUUUCAGGAUGCCCAGCCGUGUCCUCCUCCCUCCAGCUCGACACUAGUCCCUUCACCCGCUGGCACCCAAAGCCAUGGGGCCAGGGAGAUUGAUUCCCGGCUGUUUGCAGGUGAGACGGACCGGAACCCACAAGCCCUGCACGUUCAGGUGAAGGAUGCUCUGUCCUGUGCCCGCCACCUCCCUGGCAGCAUCAGGAACUCCGUGCUAUGCCUGGCUCCCUGGGUGCCAGAAUACCAAGUGGCUUUGGAUCUCAUGGGCCCAGGCAGUGCCCUGUUGUGCCGCUCACGGGGUAAGAAUGGAACCUGGAGGCAGACUGGGCUCACCAGCAUCAGGUCUCUUACCUUCCUCCUGGCUCCUUACUUCCCAUGGAUCUCCAAGACUUCUUCUGCCCAGGCUGACCACAGCUGGCUCAGUCAGUCAGUGGGCAAGCCCGUCUCUGUCACAUCUGCAGCAGUGGCAGAGCCCAGGGGCCUUCUGGGCUUCCUCUUACUCUUGACCCUAUGGCUGCGGUUCCAGACGGCAUAGGACUGUUUCCCCACGCCGACUACUGCACCCAUCCAGCCUCACCCCAGUCCAAGGCUCCAUGGGGUUCAGCCUCUCUACAGCCCAAGGGGAGAAGGCCAUUCCCCUGCCCUCCCUUAUCUUCUCUCCUUCCAAUAUCUAUGAGAGGAUCCUUCCACCGAGAGAGCAAGAUCAAGGUUGUACCAGAGACAUACCAGGAGGGAACCCCGAAUGUAUGUUGAUGACCCCCUUUCCCCUACCAAAAAUAAAGCCACACCCUCUGCAAAACAUUGGCUUUCUUGUGUGCUGAUCCCAAGGUCACAUCAAGCAAUUUCUCGUGCCCAAGAACUCGGUCUGUGAGGGGCACGGAGCCGCACAAACACACCCAUCCCCCUCAAUAACAGCCCUCCAAUCAUCUAAGACCUUUUUGAGGCUAAAUUGAACAGCCUCUUCUCUAUCCUUUCUGGCCCAUCUCUCAGUGGCCCCCAAAGCUCUUCCCUAAUAGAGUCUGAAUCAUUCCAAUUCUCCCCUGCCCCUCCACUAGUUAGGAGAUGGGGAGAAAUCUGGGACUCGAUUGGCCCAAGCACCAGGCAAGGGUCAAGCUGUUCUCAAUGCUACCUCCUACAGAUCCCAGCCAAUGACAUCGCCGCCCUUCCAGUCCUUGGGCUAAAUGUCAUCCCAAACCACUAUCUCCUUGCCACUCCCCCCCCCCUUAUUCCAAAGGCCUCCUCUUCUCUGAUACUGCUCCUAUCCAUAGGUGCAGGUGGAAUGGAUCAGAACUCUGAAACCAGGAUGCUCACAAGGUGCUGAGUGGAAUCGAGAAGACAAUGGUUCUCUAGUUUAGCAUGGCGACUGAUAGUUCUCUAGUUCAGUAGGACUGAAUUAAUCUUACAACAAAUAAUGGUUCCCUAGUGAUGAUUGGCUUAUACUCAGUAUGAUGAAUGGAUUGAAUUGUCAGAGUAUUUAAGAGGCCAGAGUCAAACUUAGACGGGGACUGGAACAGACUCGGGGAAGACCAAGGACUGGAGACUGGAGCACAAGCUCCCAGACUGAAGGAGACUUCAAAACAGAGACUGUGGUGGCGGUCCUCCUGCCUCCCCCACAGAAACCAAGACACAUUUCGGAGAACCUCCAGAAAGCUGGCCCGGGCCCCAGGCAAGGAAACUAGACUGUGAAGGAGAUCAUAAAGAAUUUGGACUUUAACACCUGGCUAGUCUCUUGGUUAUUACUGAAACCCGGUCCAGAGACCUCCAGAAAACCAAUCAGAACAUUACAUGCAGGCCCCUCCAUCUCCUCAGGCCUGGAGCCCUGCAGUCACUUCACUGUUGGGUGGGGGGUCCUCCACCAGCCUCAAAUCUCUCCCCACUCCAGUCCAUCCUCUUCAGUCACUAAGGUGAUUUUCCUGAAGCACAGGUCUGACCAGGUCACCCCCCUCUUCAGUAACCUCCAGUGGCUCCUUCACACCUCCAGGAUCAAAUUUAAAGUAGCAAGAGCCCCAGCUUGAGCAGGUAAAAGUCUGCCCCCGGAGUCUCUGUGCAGAUCAUUCAAGAGGGGUUAAAGGAGAUAGGAAGGUGGUGUCCCAAUUGCCCCUUCAAGUACUAAAAGAAAGCUGGCAAGUGCUAGAGCCUUUGUGCCUGGAGAUACAGCCCCACAUUGUGUCUGCAUGUGUGAGGUAUGUGUGGUGUGUGUUGGGGUGCAGCGCUGCUGAGGAUCAACCCAAGGUCAAAUUAUGCUUCUGAAGCUCCCACUCCCCCUGGCUAGAACCAGGGUUCUCCAGCUCUCCUUAAGCCCCCCUUCGCCCCCUUCUUCCUAUGUGGACUUUGAAGGUUGGAAAGACUUCACUUUAAAUCCGAUUUAUUGCCUGUCCCCCAAUAAAUCUUAUUAAGAUCAUUUAGGACUUGUUCAUUGCUGCUCCCCCAAUCCAUUUCUCAAGCUUGUUUAUGGCUUGUUCGUUGCCACCGCCCCCCCCCCAGUCAGUCUUCUAUUUCUCAAGCUCGUUUAGGACUUGUUCAUUGCUGCCCCCCCAUAAUCUUCUAUUUCUCAAGUAUUGGAAUCCUUACAAACUGCUAACUCAUUAGAGUUGAUAGAUUAUUGAUCUGAUCUUACAAGAAGAUGUUUUGGGCCAGAAUCUGAAACAAGGUACUAAGGAGAACUAAUUAAUACAAGGCUUAUGUUCACACCUUUACUCAUUGGAAUUCACAAGUAUGGGAGAUUCACAAAGUAAACUUUGUAACUUUGUAAAUUCACACCUCCCUUGAAGCUCUUAAGGCCAGAGAGCACUAUGGGAGAAAACCCACAAUCCCUCUCUCUGGUAUCCCACAAUUCCUCUCUCUCGAAUAAAUAGAGCUUCAAAGGGGCCACUCAGGAGAGUUUUCAGAGGAAGAAGUUACAAGUGGAUAUGUGAGCUGAAUUAGCCAGAAGUCCUCUCUCCGAGGCAAGAGAGAUCCAUUCCAUUUUCCACUUGGGCUGGCUGGAGGCUGAAGAAAGACGCAGAAGCAAAGGACAAUCUGCAAGAGCUCUUGGAAUCAAGCAGAGAGAUAGGCCUCAACUAACCAGACUAUUUUGGAAGGAGAAAAUAAAUAUUUGCAUUUUUACCAGCUGGCUGCAUUUGGGGUAAUUAUUGAUCUGAACUGAUACUAAGGCUGCCUCCAGAAAACCUCCCCGAGAAACCUGCUCUCCCAGAGAGAACCAUUCAUAGUAUAUAUUUUAAGGAAGAAAAAGACCACCACAUUCAAGCUUGUAUAUUAUGGUUUGUUCAUUGCCGUUCUCCCCCCCCCCAAUAAAUCUUAUUUCUCAA